AUGGCCGACACACUACCAAACGAGGCCAAGGGACCAGAUCCCGACGAGACAGUCAAGGAAUGCGUGCCAGGCCGCAUUGAGCUCCAGUCGAUGAGCCAAGAAGAGGACAAGAGAAUUCUACGUCGGAUAGACCUCUACCUACUCCCCAUUAUGGCCGUGUCAUACAUGUUCCAGUUCCUCGACAAAUCCGCUAUGAGCUUUACAGCCAUUCUGGGGCUGGAGGAGGAUCUCCAUCUCGAAGGAACGGAUUAUUCCUGGGCGAGUAGCAUUUACUAUUUCGGCUACCUAGCUGCAUCCUACCCUGCAGCCAUUCUGCUGCUUCGGUUCCCCGUUGGCAAGAUGAUUUCUAUAUCAAUCAUUAUCUGGGGCGCCGUUCUGAUGUUGAUGGCAUUGGCCUUCAAUGACAAAGGCCUCAUCGCCGUUCGGUUCUUCCUAGGCGCAACCGAAGCUGCCAUUGCCCCUGGCCUUAGUAUCGUGGUUUCGAUGUGGUACAAGAGGUCCGAGCAGCCCUUUCGCCACGGCAUUUGGUUCCAAGGAAUCACCAUCGCCGGAAUUUUUGGUGGGCUCGUGGCAUAUGGAAUUGGUCACAUCCGAAGCAUUGCUCCCUGGAAGGCAGCGGUGUUUUUGAUAUUUGGCGCCGUCACCAUUGCCUGGGCAUUUGUUCUCUUCUGGUGGCUUCCGGACACCCCGAUGAACGCGCGGUUCCUCAGCGCAGACGACCGACGCAAGGCUGUUUCAAGGGUUAGCGAGAACAUGACAGGGAUCAAAAACGAUAAAUUCAAGCUGGACCAAUUUGUUGAGGCUCUUCUUGACAUCAAAUGCUGGGCUUUAGUUCUUAUUCAAAUUACGGGUUCGAUUCCCAAUGGCGGCGUUUCCAACUUCGGCUCCAUUAUAAUCGAAGGCUUCGGCUUCAGCACGCUGAAUACUCUGCUUGUUCAGAUUAUAGUCUACGUUUUCCAAGGUGUGCUCGUCCAUCUUUCCACCGCAGGCUGUUCAUGGUUCGAAAACAGCCGGACAUACUGGAUGGUCUGGAACAGCGCGCUCUCUAUUGGGGGUGCCGCAAUGGCCCGACAGAUUACACCCGAUAAUGUCUGGGCCCGGUUUAUGGGGUACUGUCUUGCAAAUGCUUAUAGCGUCAACUUCCCGUUGACGCUUGCCAUGUCAACGGGGAAUAUCGGCGGGUUUACGAAGAAGACUACGGUAAAUGCAUUGAUCUUCAUCGGCUACUGCGCCGGCAAUGUUGCCGGCCCACAUCUCUUUUUCGAUGACGAAGCCCCGUCGUAUCCUUCAGGAUUUCUAGCAAUGCUUAUCUGCUUCGGUGUAUCGUUAGCUCUUGCCCUUGGCUUGAGAUAUUAUCUUAUCUGGGAGAAUCGGCGUCGGGACCGUCUUGGACCUGUAGACACCGACGACGCCCUGGAGGAGCUGGAUGCUGCCGUUCUUGACAAGACCGAUAAGCAACUCCUGGAGUUUCGCUAUGUUUAUUAG